AUGGCCACUCCCAAAACAGCCUCCUCUCGCCUGCGCAAGAUCAUAGAUGAUUCUCAGCCCGAAUUUGCAAUGUUUGAGCAUAGAACUGAGAGUGCCUCAUCUGCGGAUAAUGGUCGCGAGAUACAAUUCCCAGAGAAGAAGAACGGUGUAAUUAGUCUAAUUCCUAUGCCUACAUCCAAUCCGAGAGAUCCGCUUAACCUCCCGAAUUGGCGCAAGAUGGCGGCCAUUCUGAUCCUCUGUCUUUUUGGUUCCAUGGCUGCUGCUGCGGAAUUAAUUUUGGGCGCCAUGCUACCGAUUUUUAGUUUUGAGUACGCCGGCCUCGAUCCGAAGCUGUUAGUCCAUAUACACCUGCCAGAGGGCACGAACGGCCUUGCCGCCCUUGCUUUAUUCCCUGGACCACCUAUUUGGGAGAUAUAUCUGCUGGCCUCUGCCCCGAUCCUUAUGAUUGGGAUAGCUAACUUCUUUCUCGUCCCUCUUUCCAUUGCCCUUGGUCGCCGCAGCAUCCUCCUAACGACAGGCAUUAUCGCGUUGGCCGGCUGUGUAGGAUCCGGCUUUAGCGUCAACCUAGGAACCCAUCUGGCGUGUCGAGUUAUUCAAGCACUUGGUGCUGGAACUGUUGAGAGUCUAAUACCGUUUAUUAUCCAGGAUAUGGUAUUUUACCACCAGAGAAAUGCGGCUAUAAGUGUGGUGUUUGCGACACAGGGUCUUGUCAUUGUUACACUAGGUGUCGCCUCUCCGUAUAUUAUUGGUCAUACAAGCUGGAGGCUGCUCUACUAUGUCACUGCUGGUGCCGGACUUGUGUUUUGGGUUGCCAUGUUCUUCCUUCUUCCUGAAACGAAGUUUGUGCGCUCACAAGAUGAGAGUAAGGGGAUCCCUGCUGUCCCACUUCGACCCGGCCAGCGUCGUCCAGAUAUCGACUACGAGACCUAUCCAGCGCGUUCUUGGAAGGAAGAUCUCAAGCUAUAUGAGGGGAAGCCUGACUGGAAUGACGGCCUAGUAGCCAUCUGGGACUGUAUACGCACUUUCUUCUACCCGCAUUUAUUCUUCAUUACCAUGCUCAAUUCUGCAGUUAUAGCUGUUGCUCUUGCUGCAGGAUAUACCAUCGCCCCGCAACUUCUCACAGCACCUUGGAGCUGGCCAUUUUAUCAUCUCGGCUUCUGUUUGUUUCCCAUUAUAGUAGCCGCAGGUGCUUCUUUUGUCGUCUCUGGUUGGGGUGCCGACCUUGUCGCCAACUGGUUUGCCAAGAAACAUGGCAGACGCAGUCCCGAAGUACAGCUUCUUAAUCUCAUAAUUCCUUGUGUGGUUGGCCUCAUCGGCUGCCUCCUUUUUGGCUUUGCGGGCGAUGAUCCAGCAAAAUAUCAUUGGAUGGUAUUCCUUCUCGGUCUAGCCAUGAUUGCCUUUGCCUUUCUUGCCACCAAUACUAUCGGCAUUGUUUACGUGCUUGAGUCCGCCCCCGAACUAACAGGUCCCUCACUGGUCAAUAUUGCUUCGUUUCGCUGCAUUAUUGCAUUUGUGCUUUCUUUCCGUGUCUCGGAAUGGGUUGCUGAACUGGGAUACCUGAAGACAUUUGUCAUGUACGCUGGAAUUCUAGGAGCUUUUAUUCUGUUUAUUCCUGUCGUAUAUAUUUGGGGCGGAGGAUGGCGUAAACGAUUCCCCGCAUCACCCAAAGGACGUGCUAACCGGCGGUCAUAA